AGACAUACUGACAGGUAGACACCAAGAGAGACAGACAGGUGGACAGACGGACAAACCGACUAAACAGCCAUGAUGUGCACUGCCUUCACGGACCUCCUCCUCCUCCAUCACCACCUCCUCCGAAUCACGGAAAAACACCAACAUGAAGCGUCUGUUUCUGCUCUGCUGUGAACCGCUCCUCUCUGGUGCAAAUGUGUAGUGAUGGUGUAUGCCCAGUCUUCAAAUACUCUUGGUGUCAAUCCCUCCCUCUACUCUCCAUCUUUGACAUAUCAGAUGUCAUUUAACUACUCUGAGAAGGAAAACUCGACUGUCCUGGCAACCUUACCCACAACCCCCCUCUGCAGCCUUGAGGGCUCACCCUCCAGCCAGUCAAACAGGACCUCCGCCUCCUAUGAGCUGACUACUGGCGAGGCUGUAGUGUUGGGCUUGGUUUUCGGGGUUCUCUGGUUGGUCUCCAUCCUGGGAAAUGCCCUCGUCUGCCUGGUCAUCCACCGGAGCCGACGGACUCAGUCCACCACCAACUACUUUGUGGUGUCCAUGGCCUGUGCGGACCUGCUGAUGAGCCUGGGUUGUGCCCCUUUCAUACUCCUUCAGGUCACUGCAGGACAAUGGCCGCUGAGCGCUGCUGCCUGCAAGAUUGUGCGCUACCUGCAGCACCUUUGCCCUGGUGUGCAGGUCUACGUCCUGCUUUCCAUCUCUGUGGACCGCUUCUAUACAAUCGUCUACCCACUCAGCUUCAAGGUGUCCAGAGAGAAAGCCAAAAAGAUGAUCCUGGCUUCUUGGCUGUUUGACGCUGCCUUUGUGUCGCCUUGUCUCUUCUUCUACGGAUCCACAUCUACAGUUAGCAGUCACUGUGACUUUUUUCUUCCAGACAGCUGGGGCAGCAUAGUCUAUGCGGCAGUUCACCUCCUGUUUGGUUUCUUGGUCCCAGUUGGGCUACUUAUCUCAUUCUACCAGCGGGUGGUCCGCUACAUAUGGAGGAUCAGUGCUGACGGCCACACAGUUCGCAGGACAAUGAACAUUGUCCCACGGACUAAAGUCAAGACCAUCAAGAUGUUCCUCAUGCUGAAUACAGUUUUCUUUCUCACUUGGACGCCGUUCUACAUUGCCCAGCUGUGGCAUCCGAAGGACUCUGAUGGACCCAGUAGGCAGGGCUUGCUUUUCUUCACUGCCAUCGCCUGGAUCUCCUUCAGUUCCACGGCGUCCAAGCCGACCCUGUAUUCAGUCUACAAUGCAAACUUCAGACGGGGCAUGAGGGAGACCUUCUGCAUGUCAUCGAUGAAAUGCUACCGCAGUAACGCGUACACCAUCACUGCCAGCUCUCGGAUGGCCAAAAAGAACUACAUCGGGGUAGUGGAAAUCCCUGUGCAAGCCAAGACAGGUACCAAGGACUCGGUUUAUGAUACAUUCGACCGAGAGGCAAAGGAAAAGAAGGUGGCUUGGACCACCAACGCCAACCCUCCAAAUACCUUUGUCUGA